AUGGCCAUUCUACUCUUCUUUAAAUUCUUGGAACUCAUCUGCUACGCAAACAGCCAGAACUCAAUCAGGCGCUCAGGAUUACCCCAUGGUUGGAACAUAUUAUGGCUCGCCAUUAAUUUCGCUAGAAACAUGUUAUUCAUCGUCGUGAUCAUACUGAUCGGGGCUGGAUGGUCACUUUUUAGGCCAACCUUAAAAGAACCGCAGAUAUGCGCCAUGUCGUUAACGAUUUUUCUUCAAAUUCUUGCCAGCACAUGUUUCAUUCUAAUCCAUGGGGUUGGACCCUCAGACAAGCACUACAGAUACUGGAUUCUUAUGUAUUACGCGAUGGAUUUUUUGUGCUGCGUUACAAUGAUGCUACCAGCUCGUAAGUCCAUCGACGAGUUGGGCUUGAACUCGAGAAUGGAAGGGAAGGAGGCAAAGAGAUUGACACACAAGAAGGUGUAUGAGAAUUUUGUAUUAGCACUUUAUUUAUAUGUUGGUUUCACAAGAUUGGCGGUGUUUGCACUGAGGACUACAACAAGCUUCAAAUUCUGGUGUUCGAGUAUUGCAUUGGAGCUGUCAAUUGAAGUGAUCUUUUACAUAGUGGUGUAUCUGAUGUUUUGGCCUAAUGAGAGGUAUGAUUAUGUUGUUAUUGAGGAUAAAGAAGACGAAAGCAGCUCUAUGGCACCGCCUGGAUCAGGUUCCAGGGUUUUGAAUUAA